UAUCCAUGCGACUAAUCAGUAUCGCGUACUACAAAUUGCUGAAUCUGCUCUGAUCAGUCCAUCGAAUUUCUUCGCGCACGCUGUGACCGGUGAGGAGAUCUACGAGCAAAAUGGGCGUGUUAAAAAGUUUUUCGUUCAAUAGGCCUGAGUUGGAGAAAUAUUUCUUUUACACGUUUAACGUUCAUCUCCUGCUACGUGGGGCGUGCACGACAAUUUGGGCUGCGGUAGCGUACGUUUUCGAGAUCAAAACUUUUGAACGUGAAAUGGUCGCGGUUUCGUUGGAGAUGCUUAUCGGCGCCGGCUGUGCCCUUCUUGCUUUCGCCUUUUGCGCUGGUGGAUACAGCAUACUGUAUUUCGGCAACGCAACGUUCAGAAAUCGACCCACCUAUAACCGUUUCUGCAUUACCGCCAUGUUCGCAUCUUUAUUCUUGAUUAUCCUGAUUGUACAAUCAGCUGCUGCCAUCCACAUGCUCGUGGUGAUAUCGGAAGAUUUCGUUACCAAAUUCAAAGACGCCUUCAUAAACUACGGUUUCCGUUGGGAGGACACCAAGUUUGUAGAUCUUAUUCAGCACGGAUUACAUUGCUGUGGUAUUCGUAGCUACUAUGAUUACUGGGAUCUUGGUCAACCAAUCCCAGCCAGUUGCUGCCAUGAUUUUUGGGAAAAUGGAAUGUGCAGUAUGAGUAGUCUGAGAUCCUCAUUCGGUUGCGUGUUUAAUCUAAGGACUUCUUUUUUGAUAUAUUAUAAUUAUGUAAUGGGCAUCUUCACUCUGUUGGCAUCCAUAGUUGAGUUUAUCUGCUUGAUCUUCGCACUGUACUUCGCGAACUCUAUAAGGAAAAGAAAUGCAACAAAGAAAUCAACAGGCACAUAGAAAUAAUAUUGUACUUACAAAAUAUUUCCACUCAGCUUUUGACAGCUAUUUUCAGAAAGGUAGGUGUCUAACGCGGAAAGUUUGAUGGAAGAAAAAUAAAUCUUAUUAAAAUUCUUUUCAAACUAUA